AUGUUAUCAGUGAUUAGGGCGUCUACUAGAAGAUCAAUUCUUCUACCACUUUCCAAGAGGACGUUAAGUUAUUCUAAGCCGCUCCUCCAAGGAAAGAAGAAGAAAGAUGUUAAACAAUCAAAAUCCAUAUUAAAUGAUGAUCUAUUGUUUAAAGCAGGGAUGGAUGUGGAUGCAAAGCCAGAGGAAACGCAUCCUUUGCAUGAGAAGAAGACUAAGAAGUAUAGAAAGACUACGACUGAUAUAAAAAGAGAGAGAUAUUCGAAUUGGUUUUAUAUCUUUUCAUUCUCUGCAUUAAGUGGUACAGCCCUGUAUAUGACGAGAGAUUGGGAUUCUAACGAAUCCGAAGAAUGGAAGGCUCAAGUAGCAGAUGGUUACACCCCAGAAUUGAUGUAUAAGAGAUUUAAGAUCAGGUUCAAUUCGAUGUUCACAUUUUUCCAAGAACCACCAUUCCCAGAUCUUUUACCACCACCUCCUCCAGAACCAUAUCAAAGGCCAUUGACGCUAGUGUUGAGUUUAGAAGAUUUGCUUGUGCACUCCGAAUGGACACAAAAGAAUGGGUGGAGAACCGCCAAGAGACCUGGUGUUGAUUAUUUCUUAGGUUAUCUAUCACAAUAUUACGAGAUUGUAUUAUUUUCAUCAAAUUAUAUGAUGUAUAGUGAGAAGAUUGCUGAAAAAUUGGAUCCUAUACAUGCAUUUAUUUCUUACAAUCUUUUUAAAGAGCAUUGUGUUUAUAAGAAAGGUAAACAUAUUAAGGAUCUCUCUAAAUUGAAUAGAGACGUUAAUAAAGUGAUUAUAAUUGAUACAGAUAAGAACAAUUAUAAAUUACAACCUGAGAAUGCUAUCCCUAUGAAACCAUGGAGUGGGACAGCUGAUGAUGAAUUAAUUAAAUUGAUUCCAUUUUUAGAAUAUUUGGCAACGCAACAAGUUAAUAAUGUGAAGCCAAUUUUAAAUAGUUUCCAUGACAGAUACAAGCUUUCUGAUGAAUUCAAUGAAAGAGUAGUUAAUUUGAGAAAAAAGUUUCAAGAAGAGAAUAAAACGAAGAAGAAUAAUAAUUGGGCUUUGAAAUUUUUGGGUGUCUCUUCCAAUUCUAAUGCUGGCAAGUUUCCCUUGGAUAUGAUUCGUGAAGAAGGUGAAAAGAAUUAUGUUAGAUUUAUGAAGAUUAUUGAAGAAGAGAAAGAAAAGAUUAGAAUCCAACAGGAGCAGAUGAAAAAUCAAACGUUUACUUUGAAAGAUUAUGUUGAAGGAAACAUACCAACACCGGAAGAGCAAAUGCAGAAGCAAUUAGAGCAACAAAAGGAGAUUGAUGAAUUGUACGAAAAGCAGAAACGUGAGGGACAAGAGAAAUGA